AUGGGUGCGGUACUGAGGCCAUAUGCAAACGCUUACCAGCAAUACAUGAAGCAGUUGCCAAUUCCCUCAAAACGCUGCGAAACGCAUAUUCCAAACAUCACAUGGCGAGAACUCGGCAAUUCCAUGAAACAAUUGUACGGGCAGCCACUGCACUACCUCACUAAUCUCAUGCUUCAACGAUGGGAUGAUUCCAGGAUCGGUAGUGAAAAUGAGCACAGGCCCAUGCACAGCAUCAUUGAACCCAGCGUAGCCGAAUCCACCAUCUGGGUUGUUGAAGAAUUUCAUAGGCGUAGCACCUCAGCUCAACAUGUGGCUACUCUCUGGAUUAAUGACCCCAAGUACAGUGCUUUUAUUGAUCCAAUUCCUCAUACAGGUGGCUGCUCGGAUGCGAAAAGUGCCGAAAACACCGAUUCAUGUAUAAUUUAG